AUGUAAGUAAAUACAAGAAUACAGAAUCCAACAAACUACUUUUUCAACCAAGCACCUAAAGAAGCUGAAGAUUAUUCAGAUAAAAUUAAUGAAUUCACAAAAAAGCUUAUUAAUACUGAUACCUGCGUUUUAUGCAAAUAAGAUUUCAACUUUACAACACAUCUUCCUAGAAUUUUGAUUCACUGCGGUCAUACUUUUUGCACCUAAUGCUUAAAAAAUUUCCACAAAAAUAACAGAGUUAGAUGUCCUAUGUGUCUUAAGUUAGUUAAAUAAAUUGAAACAAUUGAAAGACUUCCAGUUAAUCACACCAUCUUUCAUAAAUUAGCAGAUUAAUACAAUAAAAAAUGCGAACAAAAUGGCGAGGGUUAGAUUGAUGCAUAAGCUGUUUUAUACUAAUAAUUUGAAGCAAGUUAAAUGAUUGGAAAGCAAAAACAAUAGUCUUAUCAAUAAUAACCAUAUUAAUAUGAUUAACAAUAAUUUGUUGGACCUGAUGGUUUACCUUAAAAAAUGCCUGUCAGGAUUGAUGAAGAAUCUGGCUUAGAAUGGUGUGAAUAUCACUACGAUAGAAUUAAACAUUUCUUAUGUAUGUAUCACAAAGAAACUUGCUGCAGAGUAUGUGGUGAACUACUCCAUGCUAAGAGUGAAUGUUAGGUUAUGGAUCUAUAUGAAGUCGAAGAUAUGCAUGCUUUCUUAAAUGACUUUUACAAGAAAAAUAAUUUUUAUGAAUAAUAAGCUUUGAACUAAGAGCUUAUGGAAGCUACUUUGAAAAAUAAUGGGUAAAAUUAUGGAGCAGGUGAAGGAACUAAGCCUAUUCCUGGUGUUGAUCCCAAUUAACUUGUCGUUGGAGAUUACUCAUUUAAAGAGGAUGGAGAUGAUGAUGAGGAUGAAGGAGAGUAUGAAGAUGAUGAUGAAGCUGAAUUUGAAGAUGAAGGAGACUAUGAAGAUGAAGAAAGAAAUUGA